AUGGAUAUAACAGAAGAGAUCAGUCCAGAAGACGCGGCCGGUAUUGAAUUGGACAAUGAGAUAGCCUCACUACAGGAACAAAUCGCGUCAUUGAAGGAUCAACGUCGUCUUCAAACUGCUACUAUUCUUUCUUCUCAAACUUCAAAAGCCAUUUUGUCAAAUUUGCGAAAGCCUUCCUCCAAAAUCACAUCCUCCCAUUCUACUGCUCCCACAGAUUCUGAUCCACUUCUCGCAACAUCCGCAGCUCAAACGACUCAUAAUCUCGAGAAUUUAUAUCGCGCAUGCGCAUCAAUCACCUCCUUCCAAGUUCAAGAUCCUGACCCUAAUGCUGUAGAUAAUGGGCAUGUAUUGGGACUUCGAAUUGAUGUCAGCAACGCUGGUAAAUUCGUUCGACCUUACUAUAUUAUGUUGAACAAACCAUACUCGGGAUCUGCGGCUUUGAGAAUACAUCGACACACAGUGCCUCCAUGUAUCCCUUUGGCUAGUCUAGCUGCGAAGUAUUUGCCGGCCCCCAAGACUGUCGAAGGUAUUGCGAAAGGAAAACGGCAAGAUCUCACGACAUUUGCAAGGAAACUACGACGGGAGAUUGCAGGUUAUCAUUUACGCAUUGCAUCUAUCAAGCAUUUACGAAAAGGAUUCUCCUUGGAUAAGAAAUCAAGUAGGAAAGGAAAAGAAAAGGAGCGAGAGAUAGCGGAUAUCAGUGCGGCUGAUGCAGAAGCCAAGCAAGUAAGGAUUGAGUGGGUAGAUGGAAAGAUCGGCAGAUGUGUUGUAGGAAUGAAUGGAGAAGUUGUAAAGUGCGUCAUCAUUGGAGAGGAUGGCAGGGAUCGCGAGACAGAAAGAAGGAUUCUGAGCGGUGACAAGAGAAUGGAAGGAAUUGCUGACAGGUUGAUGGGAGGCAUUUACUGA